UAGUUGUCAAGGUUGUUUGUUUUGGCACAUACUCGAUUCUGGCGGUCCAGAUAGCAUGGAUUUACGAACAAAACAGGCCAGACCAUUCACAGAAGGUGAAAGAGAGGUGUCUGACUCUGUUAACAAGAAAAAGUAUGUGGUCUAUUUCAUAUUGUAUGGGUUAGUCACAGUCCAAGAAUGUAUACAGGGGAAUUCAGUAAUGCUGUACAGCAGAAACAAGCUAUAAUAAGUCUGUGCACCGACCUACCUAGUGGGAAUGUUGAUAAAUCAAGUGAACCAAUAGACAAGAUUGAAAAAAAUGUCAAAUGUAAUGGAACAAACGGCCCUCCUGUACCAGACCACACCACAACCUACUGUUCCGGUUUUAAUUUAAGUAUUUGUAGGGACUCCGAUAGAACAGAUCCUCCUGGUCCACUUGACUGUUUAGUAAUUAAUAUUAAGUUUCCUUGUUUGAGUCUAUCUCCAGACAAUAGUGAAAAACCGAUUGACUGUCAGCCUAACCUAAAAUUACUCUAUGAAAUGGAUGCUGCCGAAGGUACAGCAAGAUUUGACAAGUCUACCCGAACUCUAUGCGUCAAACUUCCUAUCACUAAACAAAAAGAAUUCAGUCCUUUCCAACGUAUCGAUAGUGUUGAAAGCAGUGGUGAUAACAACAGCGAUGAUGGUGUUGAUUAUAAAGAUGAAGAAGAAGAAGGAGAAGAGGAUUCAAAAGGCGCUGAAUCUAAUUCUACUGCAAAUACUUCUAAUCCUGACUGUGUUGCAAUGAACGAUACAGCUGAGAAACGUAGACGUCGUAAACGUCGUAAGCGACGAAACAAAUCAAAAUCUUCAAAUGACAUUAGUGAGAACACACUAAAUCCCACAUGUAACGGUACAUCAUAUUCGAUCACUGACACGACUGCUUUGUUUGCUCUGGGUGAGUGUUUAACCGAAGUGAAUAAAACUACAGGAUCAUUAAUAAAUUCACAUGAAACAAUCCUGGGAACUGAGAAUUUAGGAAAGAGUGAAGUCUUAGAGCCAACCGUUAAAUCACCAAUUGUAUGUGGCAGUGAAGUUAAAGUAAAGCGACUUAAAAGUUCAGAAAUGAUUUUAUCCGAAGAUAGGCGUUUAGCACCUGUUCUUAUUCGUCAGGAUACAUCAUCCUUGACUAUUUUGUUAGAUGUACGCAAUAUACUGGCUGACUCAGUUGGGAUAAUUUGGACUGAUCGUAUGCAUUCAAAUCCCUUGGACGAUAAUAAUAAUAAUAAUCAAAAUAAUGAUAAAUUUCGCAUAUCAUCAGCUCAAUUACUCCUAUUAAUCACCUUUUCAAGUCGUGGAUCUAGUGGUUGUACUAUGGAUUGGGGAACAGUAUUGCAAUGCUCAUCGCCUAUACCCUCCAACAAAUCCACGCACACAGUUAAUGAUGUCUGCAAAUCAUUUGAAGCGCCGCAUAAGUGUGGAAUAGCACCCUAUAAUCGUUUCAAACCAGAGGUGAUAUCUUCUCGGUUUUCUGAAACAAAUGGUAUUUUAAUUAUCCGUAAACCAAUAUGCAACUGUGACCGCUUGUCUGAUAAUCAAAAAUCCUCUGAACACUUGGCUAAUCAAGUUUUCUGGUGGGAAUCAAUUACAGCUGGGCGUUCUUCAACCACUGGUGCUAUGGAGGGUUCAUUUAUUGUAAAGGAAGUUUUAUCACCCUUUGUCAAUUAUAAUAAUGCUACAUCCUAUUCUAAUUCACAUAUGCCUAAUGUAACGUAUCCCAAUGUGUGUACUAAAAGUGAGACUACAGUGAAUAAUAAUAAUAAUAUAUCCUCUAAACCACAAUCAUACAAUACAAACCCAGGGAUGAUUAAUCACCAACAGUUGAAUUCGCUUCGUGUCACUUCUCUAUCAAAUGACUGUUGUUCUAUCGAAUGGAAUACCAAUGAUAAAUCUGAAAAUAAUGAUGUUAUUGAAAACAAUAAUACUAUCUUAAAAGAUAAUCCACUAUCGAAUAUCAACCAGUCAUCUUCUGUUGGAUUAAAUAAUCAAGUUAAUAAGAGUAAUGGUGUGCCUACUACUAGUAGACGUCUACGGUGUAAUUCCACGCCUAGUAAUUCAGAACAAAUCGAUUGUCUAACAGCGCCAGUAUUGAAAGGUAUUCUCAAACACCGUUCAAUAUCAGAAUGUAGUGGAGAUGAAGUGCCUAUUUUGGAUACGAGUAAUUUGCGUGGUGGUUCUGGACUAGCUGGUGACAAUCAAGAUACUAUAUUAUCCGAAAGAGACAUAUGUCUUCGACAAUCCUUAUCCACUGACAAAUUGUCAGUAGUAGGUACCGAUGGUUAUCAACGACUGAGAUCUGUUAGUUUCUCGAAGCGUAAUCAACAUGUUGGUUUUUCGCCUGAAGACACUGUAGAAGCAUUACAUAAUGCUUUGUGCAUUAUACGAAAGAAAGUCACUCGGCAGACCGGUCACCAUCAACAUACAAACGAUGGGAAUUCAAAUCAUUCAGACAAUAAAAGAAGAAGAUCCACGAAAAAAGAUGGUGAAUUAUUGAAUGACUCUAAAAGUAACACGUGUAAAUUCGAAAAUGGGUCCUCUUCAUCUUCUAAAAAUGAAUUAGACAAUAAGCAUAGCCGUGUGCCUGAAAUAUGUGAUAAUACAAAUCCUUCAGAACAUCUUCAUGACAGCGUAUUUCACAACUGUCCCACCCUUAAUACCCCAGAUUCCAACAACAAUGUUGAUUUUAAUCAAUUUGGAAGUCUUUCAAAGAAAAAUCUUGAGUCGAACGUUGUCAUUUCCUCCGACAUCUCUAGUACAGCAGCAGCAACAACAACAACAAAAGAAGAAGAAGAAAUCUUGAGAAUAAUUCCAGAAGGUGAUGAAGCUGAUAGUAGCAGUAGUAACAGUAGUAUUCCUCAUAGGACACAUUAUACCUCAUCAACUGUUCCCUUAACUACAUUUCCUAUAUUAGAAUUAGAUGAAGAAUAAAUUUUUUCCCCUCUGAAAUUAUUCUUCUCCUUAGUUCGUGUUGUGUUCUAUGA